UUGAAUUUGAUUAAUUCAACUUAUAAAACCUUGGAACAAUUAGAAAAUUACAAAAAUGAAACCAUUAAUUUUGAACAACAAAAAGCUAUUAAUCAAGUUCAACAACAGGUUUUCCAACAAGCCUUACAAGGAGCUCUAGGAACUCUGAAUAGUUGUUUGAACACCGAGUUACAUUUACGUACCAUCAAUACUAAUAUUGGCAUGUUUGGAACGAUGAAAGAAAUAAAGGGUUAGUCUUUCUACUGCAGGCAUUAUUUUUCUUUCAAACAAAAAUAAAGAAUUAAGAAAUACUCAUGGUAACUAUUCGAGCAGAUGAAAUUAGUAACAUUAUUCGUGAACAUAUUGAGCAAUAUAAUAGAGAAGUAAAGUUUUUAAAUACCGGUACUGUACUCCAAGUAGGCGACGACAUUGCUCGUAUUUAUGGUCUUGAUGAAGUAAUGGCGGGGGAAUUAGUAGAAUUUGAAGAAGGUACGAUAGGCAUUGCUCUGAAUUUGGAAUCAAAUAAUGUCGGUGUUGUAUUAAUGGGUGACGGUUUGAUGAUACAAGAGGGAAGUUCUGUAAAAGCAACAGGAAGAAUUGCUCAGAUCCAGGUAAGUGAGGCUUUUUUGGGCCGUGUUAUAAAUGCUCUGGCUAAACCUAUUGAUGGUCGAGGUGAAAUUUCAGCUUCUGAAUCCCGGUUAAUUGAAUCUCCCACCCCGGGUAUUAUUUCGAGACGUUCGGGAGAUUAUCCAUAG